UGUCUUGCAAAUUGCAAUCUCCAGCUACGUCCACGUUAAAGAAAUCUUUCUCCAGGGAGGAACGUAUGGGUGCUCCUCUUCUAUAAAUUAUCGUGCAUCAACACCCAGACAAUCACACAACAUACUUUCUCAGUUGCCUUCCCAAUAGAGUUCGUGGACCUUUCCACCAACCUUAACAAGCCUGGUAGCCUCUCACCAUGGCCUCCAAGCUUAGCUUCAAAAGAAUGGAUAGUGUUGCCGAGAGCAUGCCCGAUGCGCUGCGGCAAAGCCGGUACCAGAUGAAGAGAUGCUUCCAGAGGUACAUAUCAAAAGGUAGGAGGCUCCUGAAGAAUCAGCAGCUCAUGGAGGAGCUGGAAAAAUCACUCGAUGACAAAGCCGAGAAGGAAAAGCUUGCUGAAGGGUUUCUCGGUUACAUUAUUUGUUCGACCCAGGAAGCGGUAGUGCUACCACCAUUUGUUGCAUUCGCUGUUAGAAUGAAUCCUGGCAUCUGGGAAUACGUCAAAGUUCAUGCCGAUGAUCUGUCGGUCGAAGGAAUCACACCAUCGGAGUACCUGAAGUUCAAAGAGACAUUAUAUGAUGAGAAAUGGGCGAAGGAUGAUAACUCACUGGAAGUUGAUUUCGGUGCUCUUGACCUCUCAACACCUCAUCUGACACUUCCCUCGUCCAUAGGGAAUGGGAUGCAAUUUGUCUCUAAAUUCAUGUCUUCAAAGUUGAGUGGCAAACCUGAAAGCAUGAAGCCAUUAUUAGAGUACUUACUUGCCCUGAAUUACCGCGGUGAGAAACUGAUGGUUAACGACACAAUUGACACGGUGGAAAAGCUUCAGACAGCACUGCUCCUUGCACAAGUUUUUGUUAGUGGGCUGCCAAGAUACACACCAUAUUUGAAAUUUGAACAAAGAUUUCAGGAGUGGGGAUUGGAGAAAGGAUGGGGUGACACUGCCGAAAGGUGCAAGGAGACGCUGAAUUUCCUAUCUGAAGUGCUACAGGCACCGGAUCCUAUCAACAUGGAGAAGUUCUUUAGCAGGGUUCCAUCCAUAUUUAACAUUGUUGUCUUCUCUAUCCAUGGUUACUUUGGCCAAGAGAAGGUUUUAGGCUUGCCAGACACUGGUGGUCAGGUCGUCUACAUCCUAGACCAAGUCAGGUCCAUGGAAGAGGAGCUUCUGCAAAGAAUCAAGCAGCAGGGUUUGCAUAUAACACCAAAGAUUCUUGUGCUAACAAGAUUGAUACCAGAUUCCAAAGGCACAAAAUGUAAUGUGGAGCUCGAACCAGUUGAGAAUACAAAAUAUUCACACAUACUCCGCGUGCCAUUCAAGACCGAAGAUGGGAAGGAUUUGCGCCAGUGGGUUUCCCGGUUUGACAUUUACCCUUACCUAGAGAGAUAUGCUCAGGAUGCCUCUGCCAAAAUUCUUGACAUUCUAGAGGGCAAACCAGACCUGAUCAUUGGCAACUACACUGAUGGCAACUUGGUGGCAUCCCUCAUGUCUAGCAAACUAGGAGUCACACAGGGAACAAUUGCACAUGCUUUGGAGAAGACUAAGUAUGAGGACUCAGAUGUCAAGUGGAGAGAACUCGACCAGAAGUACCACUUCUCCUGCCAAUUCACUGCUGAUAUGAUCGCCAUGAACACUACUGACUUCAUCAUAACUAGCACAUACCAAGAAAUAGCUGGAAGCAAAGAGAAGCCUGGCCAAUAUGAACACCACUAUGCAUUCACAAUGCCCGGGCUUUGCCGCUUCGCCACAGGCAUCAAUGUCUUUGAUCCAAAGUUCAACAUUGCUGCACCUGGUGCCGAUCAGUCCGUCUACUUCCCCUUCACGCAGAAGCAGAAGCGGCUGACAGCUUUACACCCACAGAUUGAAGAGCUACUGUACAGUAAGGAGGACACAGAUGAACACAUAGGCUAUCUGGCAGACAGAAAUAAGCCAGUCAUCUUCUCGAUGGCAAGGCUGGACAAGGUGAAGAACAUCACUGGAUUAGUCGAGUGGUAUGGCCAGGACAAGAAGCUCAGGGACCUUGUGAACCUUGUCGUCGUGGCAGGCCUCCUGAAUGCUGCACAGUCCAAGGACCGAGAAGAGAUAGAGGAGAUCAACAAGAUGCACAGUUUGAUCGACAAGUAUCAACUGAAAGGACAGAUCCGCUGGAUUAAGGCACAGACUGACCGUGUCCGUAAUGGCGAGCUGUACCGUUACAUCGCAGAUACGAAGGGUGCAUUUGUUCAGCCUGCUCUCUAUGAAGCAUUUGGGCUAACAGUCAUCGAGGCAAUGAACUGCGGGCUGCCAACCUUCGCAACAAACCAAGGAGGGCCGGCGGAGAUCAUUGUCGACGGGGUCUCGGGUUUCCACAUAAACCCAAUGAAUGGCAGGGAGGCAGGCACCAAGAUUGCAAACUUUUUCCAGACGUGCAAGGAAGACCCAAGCUACUGGAACAAGGUGUCCACUGCUGGACUUCAGCGCAUCUAUGAAUGCUACACAUGGAAAAUUUAUGCAACUAAAGUGCUGAACAUGGGAUCAAUGUAUGGCUUCUGGAGGACGCUGAACAAGGAAGAGAGAGUGGCCAAACAACGCUACCUGCAGAUGUUCUACAAUCUUCAGUUCAGGAAUCUGGUGAAGACCGUCCCCAGAGUAGGCGAGCAGCCUCCAAGAAUCGCACCCUCAACGUCAACAGGUGUGGUGGCACGCCGUAACGAGAUCGUAGCAAGGCCGAAAGAAAGAAAGCCGCAGGGCAGGGUCCAAAGGAUGAUGACCAGCCUACUAGGGCCGAAGCCGCCAACAUAUGAGGAGAACAGCUACAGAUGAACUAUGAUUGUAUUCUGAAAUAACCAAUAUCCGAUACCAUAGUGUGAAGUUGAUGGGUGUGGUAUUUGUAUACGUGUGUGAUUUUUAUUGUUGUACAAGUUGGACGAUCACAUCAAACUGCUGGUUCAUGGUGACAAGGAUGUAAAAAUUAGUGAGAUUCAUCGCAGCAAACCGUUGCAAGUCAUGAGCUUGCAAAGUAUGGUCCGAGUUCAUGAGUAGACGGCAUGCUGAGAUUGGUGCUAUUCUACUUGACUCGACUACUUGGACAAUGUGGCUGUAAUCUCUAUUCAUGAUUAAUGAAAUCCAUAUUUCAUCGUAAACAA